GAUCACGCACCUAAACGGGCGGGCGUGCGCGCGCAAGUGCACUGUCGGUUUUCGGCACGGGCGACCGUGGAAGCUCUAGAAACGUCUAGCGCGAGGCUGGCAGAUGCUGCGUCACUGCGCGAGAGCGAGGAGAGACACGCUCGGCAGUAGGAGAGUGAAUCGGCGUAGCUCUAUCGUGUAUAUUUUUGCUCAGUCCUAUUUUUCACGCCUUGUUAGAUAAAAGAAAAAAAAAACCCGAGCAGGAUCGCGCCUAGGGCCAAUACUACUGUCCACGGAAGAAAGAAACCUAAAUUAGAUACCGAGAUGCAGCCAGCAACUGCUAAAUGGUAUGACAGGCGGGAUCACGUCUUCAUUGAAUUCUGUGUAGAAGACAGUAAAGAUGUCCAAGUGAAAUUUGAAAAAUCAAAGCUCAGUUUUGGCUGUCAUGGUGGAACAGAUAACCUCAAACAUCAAAAUGAAAUUGACCUCUUUGAAGUUAUUGAUCCAAAUGAAUCCAAACACAAACGCACAGACAGGUCUGUUUUGUGUUGUUUACGAAAAGCUGAACCUGGAAAAUCAUGGCCAAGAUUAACAAAGGAAAAGGCAAAGCUAAAUUGGCUCAGUGUGGACUUCAAUAACUGGAAAGAUUGGGAGGAUGAUUCUGAUGAGGAGCUAUCCAGUUUUGAUCGUUUUUCAGAGAUGAUGAAUAACAUGGGAGGAGAUGAUGACCUACCAGAAGUGGAUGGGGCAGAAGAUGACUCUGUGGACAGUGACGAUGAAAAAAUGCCCGAUCUUGAGUAAUGACAGAACUAUAGGAAUCCCUGUGACAGCUGGAAGGAAAAACUGUCUCAAAGCUGUUUGUUUUAAGAGAAAAACCCUAUAGAUUUGAGCUGGUAGCCAUAUAAAGACAAUUGCAUCUUUUUAAAAGCAGUUUUCCAGACCAUUUGAAAAAUGCUUCACUGAGGAUCAAUAUGCAUACGUUUGUACAGUCUCCAGCCAUUGGCAGUGCUGUGCUAUAGUCUUCUAUUCUGCAUGGACGAUGUACAGUUUCCAUGAUGUGUUGUGAAGUAUAGUUAUUGUCCAUUAAUCAAAAAUCAAAUGGCUCCAAUGAAAGAUAUUAAAGGUUUGAAGUUUAAUAAAAAAUGACAUUCUUACUUCCCACCCCCUUUUUUGUUUAACAGUAUC